AUGUCGCGUGCCAAGCGCCAGAAAAUCGACCGCGAGAAUCUGGCGGCAUACUCCGCCUCGCAGCCUUUGUUCGACGCCCUACGGAAUGCGACCACCAAGCUCAGCGAACAGGAAGCUCGUCUCACUACUGCACGCGACGUCGUGCAAACGCUGCACGUCAAGAUCGCCAAGGACGACACACAUCUCGCAGUGAGCCGACACAAUCGCUACAUGGAUGCUGCAGUAAAGGCGUGGCACUCAGCUACGGAGACGUACUGUGCCAUCUUCGAGCAGCUCGUCACCAUCACCGCCGCCGAUCCGACUGAAGGCAAGGAGAAGGGCCAGAGGCACGAGGAGUUCGUGAGUCUGUUGGAUACAGCCAGAAAGGCGGAAGAGGCUGCGAAGAAGUUUGGCGCAGCGCAUGAUAUCAGCUCGGAGGAGUCAGAUGAGGAUGACGAGGACGAGGAACCUGUCGAGCCCGCCGCCCAGACCAACGGCACUGGAAAGCGGCCUAUGGUGGCUUCUGAGAACGACGAAGACUCACCUCCAUCCCAACAGUCCUCCAAACCCACCAGCAACCCAUCGAUCCAGCCACAGAAACUGACCGCCCUUACCGACACCCGCUACGAUCAAUCUGGCACCAAGAUCCUCUGGCGGGACGGCGUUCUCAAAGUCCCAGUCCCUUCACUCACACCCGACGAGAAGCGUGCCUGGGAAAUUGUCAAGACCCGCCAGAGACGGAAAGACAGACGCGCCAGAAUGAAGGGAAAGACGAAGUCGCAGCGAGAGCAGAACGGCACGUCAACUGCGGAGCCAAACGCGGCAGAAGCUGCUACUACCACUCAAGUACCUGGUGUCGAAUACGAGGACGUCUCCGCAGAAGUCGAGGCUCGUCUAAAGGCGAAAGCCGACAAGAAAGCUGCCCAGAAAGCGAAGACAACAGAGAAGAAGCGGAAGCGUGAGAGUGCAGAUUCCUUCGCGGCAGUCGACUCAGGCUUCACCAACGCAGGCGGAGAGGAGGGGGAAGACCCAGUAGAGACUGUGAAGGAGAGUGUGAAAGAGAAGCCCGCGAAGAAGAAGCUCAGAAAAAGCCAGGAGGCGAAUGAGGAUACGGAACCAAUAGCUGCUGGUGCUGCGAAGCCGAAAGCUCCAGCUGGAGGUCCCUCGAAGAGGAAGAAGACGGCGGAUGCUGAGGUUGAGGUCAAGGCUGAAGAGGGCACUGCGAAGGCGAAUAAGAAGAGGAAGAAGACCAAUGCAUGA